CCUCGGCGCCCCUGUCCUGCACCAAGAGCCAGGAAGGCUCUAGCACGCACCAGCAGUCCAAACACAGCGAAACAGAGCAGCAACAUGAGGCCACGACACCCCUUCCUGGGGAUGGUGAGAGAAACACAUGGACACGGGAAACGGGAGUCCUUCAACUACAAGGGCU